GCUUGCGCCCUGAGGUCCGGCGCUCGCGGGCCGGGUGCGGUGAGCCGGUGGGCCGAGGCUCUGGGCGCGCGAUGAUGGCGGCGGCCGGGGGCCGGGGAGCUGGAAGCGGCUCAGGCUCCAGCUCUGGCUCCGGUGCCUCUCGGGGUUUUUAUUUCAAUACGGUCCUGUCACUGGCCCGCUCCCUGGCCGUGCAAAGACCUGCAUCCUUGGAGAAGGUCCAGAAGCUGCUUUGCAUGUGUCCAGUAGAUUUCCAUGGGAUCUUCCAACUAGAUGAAAGACGAAGAGAUGCAGUUAUUGCAUUGGGCAUUUUUCUCAUUGAGUCUGAUCUUCAACAUAAAGAUUGUGUGGUUCCUUACCUUCUUCGACUUCUCAAAGGUCUCCCAAAAGUGUAUUGGGUAGAAGAAAACACAGCAUGGAAAAGCAGAGGUGCGCUCCCAGUGGCAGAGAGCUUCAGCUUCUGUCUAGUGACUUUGCUGUCUGAUGUGGCUUAUAGGGACCCUUCACUUAGGGAUGAGGUGAAGAAGAUUGUUGAGGAACCUGUUCUCAAAUCCUUGGAUGCUGUUAUAGCCAGUGUGAUGGAGGCCAACCCCAGUGCUGAUCUCUACUAUACAACCUUCAGUGAUCCCCUCUAUCUGACCAUGUUCAAGAUGUUGCGUGACACCCUUUAUUACAUGAAAGACCUCCCUACUUCUUUUGUGAAAGAAAUUCAUGAUUUUGUGCUAGAGCAGUUCAACACAAGCCAAGGAGAGCUCCAGAAAAUUCUACAUGAUGCAGAUCGGAUUCACAAUGAGCUGAGCCCCCUCAAACUGCGCUGCCAGGCAAACGCUGCCUGUGUGGACCUCAUGGUGUGGGCUGUGAAGGAUGAGCAGGGUGCUGAAAAUCUUUGCAUCAAGUUAUCUGAGAAACUGCAGUCCAAGACAUCCAGCAAAGUCAUCAUCGCACAUUUGCCCUUGCUUAUCUGUUGCCUACAGGGCUUGGGACGCUUGUGUGAGAGGUUCCCAAUGGUAGUGCAUUCUGUGACGCCAUCCUUGCGAGACUUCCUGGUCAUCCCGUCCCCAGUGCUGGUGAAGCUCUAUAAGUACCACAGUCAAUACCAUACAGUUGCUGGCAAUGAUAUAAAAAUCAGUGUCACCAAUGAGCAUUCUGAGUCAACCCUGAAUGUCAUGUCGGGCAAGAAGAGCCAGCCCUCCAUGUAUGAGCAGCUCCGGGACAUCGCCAUUGACAACAUCUGCAGGUGCCUGAAGGCUGGCUUGACAGUAGAUCCGGUGAUUGUGGAAGCUUUCCUGGCCAGCCUGUCAAACAGGCUCUACAUCUCCCAGGAGAGUGACAAGGAUGCACACUUGAUUCCUGACCACACCAUCCGUGCCUUGGGACACAUUGCAGUGGCUCUGAGGGACACCCCAAAGGUCAUGGAGCCAAUUCUGCAGAUUCUGCAGCAGAAGUUCUGCCAGCCCCCCUCGCCCCUUGAUGUGCUCAUCAUUGACCAGCUAGGCUGCUUGGUUAUCACUGGAAAUCAAUACAUUUAUCAGGAGGUGUGGAAUCUCUUCCAGCAGAUUAGUGUGAAGGCCAGCUCAGUGGUGUAUUCAGCUACCAAAGAUUACAAAGACCAUGGCUACAGGCACUGCUCCCUGGCAGUGAUUAAUGCCCUGGCCAACAUCGCAGCUAACAUCCAGGAGGAGCAUCUUGUGGAUGAACUGCUCAUGAACUUGCUGGAAUUGUUUGUGCAGCUGGGACUGGAGGGGAAGCGAGCCAGCGAGAGGGCAAGUGAGAAGGGGCCCGCCCUGAAGGCUUCUAGCAGUGCAGGAAACUUGGGAGUGCUUAUUCCUGUAAUAGCUGUGCUCACCAGACGAUUGCCACCCAUCAAGGAAGCUAAGCCUCGGUUACAGAAGCUCUUCCGGGACUUCUGGCUGUACUCUGUACUGAUGGGAUUCGCUGUGGAGGGCUCAGGACUCUGGCCAGAGGAAUGGUAUGAGGGAGUCUGUGAAAUAGCCACCAAGUCUCCUCUGCUCACCUUUCCCAGCAAAGAGCCUCUGCGGUCAGUCCUCCAGUACAACUCAGCUAUGAAAAAUGACACGGUCACCCCUGCUGAGCUGAGUGAGCUCCGAAGCACAAUCAUCAACCUGCUGGACCCUCCUCCUGAAGUGUCUGCUCUUAUCAACAAGCUGGACUUUGCCAUGUCAACAUACCUGUUGUCUGUAUACCGAUUGGAGUACAUGAGGGUACUGCGUUCAACAGAUCCUGAUCGAUUCCAGGUAAUGUUCUGCUACUUUGAGGAUAAAGCUAUUCAGAAAGACAAAUCUGGGAUGAUGCAGUGUGUGAUUGCUGUCGCAGAUAAAGUGUUUGAUGCCUUCCUGAACAUGAUGGCGGAUAAAGCCAAGACAAAGGAAAAUGAAGAGGAGCUGGAGCGACAUGCUCAGUUUCUGCUGGUGAACUUCAACCACAUUCAUAAGAGGAUAAGGAGGGUAGCAGACAAGUACCUUUCUGGUCUGGUGGAUAAGUUUCCCCACUUGCUCUGGAGCGGGACUGUACUGAAGACCAUGCUGGACAUCCUGCAGACUCUGUCCCUGUCACUGAGUGCUGAUAUUCAUAAGGACCAACCUUACUAUGACAUCCCUGAUGCACCCUAUCGGAUCACAGUUCCUGACACAUAUGAAGCCCGAGAGAGCAUCGUGAAGGACUUUGCUGCGCGCUGUGGAAUGAUCCUGCAGGAGGCCAUGAAGUGGGCACCUACAGUCACCAAGUCCCACCUACAGGAAUAUCUGAACAAACAUCAGAACUGGGUGUCGGGACUGUCCCAGCACACAGGGCUGGCCAUGGCUACUGAGAGCAUACUUCAUUUUGCUGGGUACAACAAGCAGAACACGACUCUUGGGGCAACUCAGCUAACUGAGCGCCCGGCCUGUGUGAAGAAAGAUUACUCCAACUUCAUGGCUUCUCUGAAUUUGCGCAACCGCUAUGCAGGCGAGGUAUAUGGAAUGAUUCGGUUCUCAGGUGCCACAGGUCAGAUGUCUGACCUGAACAAAAUGAUGGUGCAGGAUCUGAAUACAGCUUUGGACCACAGUAAUCCCCAGCACUAUACACAGGCCAUGUUCAAGCUGACUGCAAUGCUCAUUAGCAGCAAAGAUUGUGACCCACAGCUUCUCCAUCAUCUGUGUUGGGGACCCCUUCGGAUGUUCAAUGAGCAUGGCAUGGAGACUGCCUUGGCCUGCUGGGAGUGGCUGCUGGCUGGCAAGAAUGGAGUGGAAGUGCCGUUUAUGCGGGAGAUGGCAGGGGCCUGGCACAUGACAGUGGAACAGAAGUUUGGCCUGUUUUCUGCAGAGACAAAGGAAGCAGACCCCCUGGCAGCAUCAGAAGCGAGUCAGCCUAGACCCUGCCCCCCGGAAGUCACCCCCCACUAUAUCUGGAUUGAUUUCCUGGUGCAGCGAUUUGAGAUUGCCAAGUACUGCAGCUCUGACCAGGUGGAGAUCUUUUCCAGCCUGCUGCAGCGCUGCAUGUCCCUAAACAUUGGUGGGGCCAAAGGAAGCAUGAAUCGGCAUGUGGCAGCCAUCGGACCCAGAUUCAAACUGCUGACCCUGGGGUUGUCCCUUCUGCAUGCUGAUGUUGUUCCAAAUGCAACCAUUCGCAAUGUACUCCGUGAGAAGAUCUACUCCACCGCCUUUGACUACUUCAGUUGUCCCCCAAAGUUCCCUACUCAAGGAGAAAAGAGGCUGCGUGAAGACAUAAGCAUAAUGAUUAAAUUCUGGACAGCAAUGUUCUCAGAUAAGAAGUACCUGACAGCCAGCCAGCUCGUUCCCCCAGAUAAUCAGGAUACUCGGAGUAACCUGGACAUAACCGUGGGUUCUCGGCAACAGGCCACACAGGGCUGGAUCAACACAUACCCCCUGUCCAGUGGCAUGUCAACCAUUUCCAAGAAGUCAGGGAUGUCUAAGAAAACCAACCGUGGCUCCCAGCUCCACAAGUACUACAUGAAACGCCGCACAUUGCUGUUGUCCCUGCUGGCUACUGAGAUAGAACGUCUCAUCACUUGGUACAACCCGCUGUCAGCCCCAGAGCUGGAGCUGGACCAGGCUGGAGAGAACAGCGUAGCCAACUGGAGGUCCAAGUACAUUAGCCUGAGUGAGAAGCAGUGGAAGGACAAUGUGAACCUUGCCUGGAGCAUCUCUCCUCACUUGGCCGUACAGCUGCCAACCAGGUUCAAGAACACAGAAGCCAUUGGGAAUGAAGUGACCCGUCUUGUUCGGUUGGAUCCUGGAGCUGUUAGUGACGUCCCUGAAGCUAUCAAGUUCCUUGUGACCUGGCACACCAUCGAUGCUGAUGCUCCAGAGCUCAGCCACGUGCUAUGCUGGGCACCCACAGACCCACCCACAGGCCUCUCCUACUUCUCCAGCAUGUAUCCUCCACACCCCCUCACAGCACAGUACGGAGUGAAAGUCCUUCGGUCCUUCCCCCCGGAUGCCAUCCUGUUCUAUAUCCCCCAGAUCGUGCAGGCCCUCAGGUAUGACAAGAUGGGCUAUGUACGCGAAUAUAUUCUGUGGGCAGCAUCUAGAUCCCAGCUUUUGGCGCACCAGUUUAUCUGGAAUAUGAAAACUAACAUCUACCUAGAUGAAGAGGGGCACCAGAAAGAUCCGGACAUUGGUGACCUCUUGGAACAGUUAGUGGAAGAGAUUACAGGCUCCCUGUCGGGUCCAGCCAAGGAUUUCUACCAGCGAGAAUUUGAUUUCUUUAAUAAGAUCACCAAUGUAUCAGCAAUUAUCAAGCCCUUCCCUAAAGGCGACGAGAGAAAGAAGGCUUGUCUGUCAGCCCUUUCUGAAGUGAAGGUACAGCCAGGCUGCUACCUGCCCAGCAACCCUGAGGCCAUUGUACUAGACAUUGACUACAAGUCAGGGACACCCAUGCAGAGUGCAGCAAAAGCCCCAUAUCUGGCCAAAUUUAAGGUGAAACGAUGUGGAGUCAGUGAACUUGAAAAAGAAGGUCUGCGGUGCCGCUCAGACUCAGAGGAUGAGGGCUGCAGUCAAGAGGCUGAUGGCCAGAAGAUCUGUUGGCAGGCAGCCAUCUUCAAAGUGGGGGACGACUGUCGGCAGGACAUGCUGGCCCUGCAAAUCAUUGACCUCUUCAAGAACAUCUUCCAGUUGGUCGGCCUGGACCUCUUCGUUUUUCCCUACCGUGUAGUGGCUACUGCCCCUGGGUGUGGGGUGAUUGAGUGCAUUCCUGACUGCACCUCCCGGGACCAGCUUGGCCGCCAGACAGACUUUGGCAUGUAUGACUACUUCACCCGCCAGUAUGGUGAUGAGUCCACCUUGGCCUUCCAGCAGGCUCGCUACAACUUCAUCCGAAGCAUGGCUGCCUACAGCCUCCUGCUGUUCCUGCUGCAGAUCAAGGACAGGCACAAUGGCAACAUCAUGCUGGACAAGAAGGGCCACAUCAUCCACAUUGACUUUGGCUUCAUGUUUGAAAGCUCACCAGGUGGCAACCUGGGCUGGGAACCUGACAUCAAGCUGACAGAUGAGAUGGUGAUGAUCAUGGGAGGCAAGAUGGAGGCCACGCCCUUCAAGUGGUUCAUGGAAAUGUGUGUCCGUGGCUACCUGGCUGUGCGGCCCUACAUGGACGCAGUGGUCUCUCUAGUCACUCUCAUGUUGGACACAGGCUUGCCCUGCUUCCGUGGCCAGACAAUCAAGCUCUUGAAGCACAGGUUUAGCCCCAACAUGACUGAGCGAGAGGCUGCAAAUUUCAUCAUGAAGGUCAUUCAGAAUUGCUUCCUUAGCAACAGGAGCCGGACCUACGACAUGAUCCAGUACUAUCAAAAUGACAUCCCUUACUGAGGAGGGGCCCUCCAGAGCUCAGCAAUUCCUCUCUAUGUGGCCCCUCCUAAAAGCUACCCACAAUCAUGGAGUCUAUGAGCACCUCUGCCCUUCAUCUGGCCCUCAAGAAGCUCCUACCUAGUGGCCUCGCUGUUUUACCCAGCAGAGUUGUUUUCUAGGAAAAAGAACCCCAGGUGGUGCAUGCUUUGGUGUCACCAGAGACUGAGUAGACAAUCAUCUCUAUGCACAGAUGUGAAUCCUUGCACUGAACAUACUCCCUACCUGUCUUAUUACAUAGGUACAUGAUGUAUUUUCUUGUGUCUAAAAAAUAAAACAGAAUAAUUAUGUGUUU